GGACUCUGCUACCUUGUUACUUUUCAUUUGGGGUAAUUGGUAGUUUCCUGGGGGGGGUGGGGGGAAAGGACUUCGGGUGGAGGUGAGAGGAGGAGUGGAGGAAAGCCGAAGAAGAAAAGUGAAAAGAAGGGGAAAAAGGCAAAGGGAAGAAAAGAAACUUAUUUAACAAGUUCCUCGCAGCUGCCUCCUCCCUUUCGAUGUGCGUUUUUGGACAUGCGGAGGCUUUUGGAACCGUGUUGGUGGAUCUUUUUCUUGAAAAUCACCAGCUCUGUGCUCCAUUAUGUCGUUUGUUUCCCGGCUUUGACAGAAGGCUAUGUUGGAGCUCUCCAUGAAAAUAGGCAUGGCAGCUCAGUGCAAAUCCGCCGGCGGAAAGCAUCUGGAGAUCCUUACUGGGCAUAUUCAGGAACCUACGGACCUGAACACUGGGUUACAUCAAGCGUGAGUUGUGGUGGCCGUCACCAGUCCCCGAUAGAUAUUGUAGAUCAACAAGCACGAGUUGGGGAUGAGUACCAGGAACUACAGCUGGAUGGUUUUGAUAAUGAAUCCUCCAACAAAACAUGGAUGAAAAACACAGGGAAAACAGUGGCCAUUCUUCUGAAAGAUGACUAUUUUAUCAGCGGCGCGGGACUGCCAGGCAGAUUCAAAGCAGAGAAAGUCGAAUUCCACUGGGGCCAUAGCAAUGGCUCUGCCGGCUCCGAGCACAGCAUCAAUGGUAGAAGAUUCCCUGUCGAGAUGCAGAUUUACUUUUAUAAUCCUGAUGACUUUGACAGCUUUCAGACAGCAAUUUCUGAAAACCGAAUAAUAGGAGCUAUGGCUGUAUUUUUUCAAGUCAGUCAGAGGGACAAUCCAGCCCUGGAUCCUAUUAUCCAUGGAUUGAAGGGUGUCGUCCAUCACGAGAAGGAAACCUUUCUGGAUCCUUUUGUCCUUCGGGACCUUCUGCCAGCAUCCCUAGGGAGCUAUUAUCGCUACACCGGCUCCUUGACCACCCCUCCAUGUAGUGAAAUCGUCGAGUGGAUUGUUUUCCGGAGACCUGUUCCCAUCUCUUACCAUCAGAUGGAGGCCUUCUAUUCCAUCUUUACUACAGAGCAGCAAGAUCAUGUCAAAUCUGUGGAAUAUCUGAGGAAUAACUUCCGACCACAGCAGAGUCUGAAUGACAGGGUGGUGUCCAAGUCAGCCGUCAAGGAUGCCUGGAGUCAUGACAUGAGUGACCUGGAAAAUCCACUGGGAACCGAAGCCUCCAAAGUAUGUAGCACUCCACCGAUCAACAUGAAAGUUCAUCCAGUGAACCGAACAGCCUUGUUGGUAACCUGGAGCCAGCCAGAAACCAUCUACCACCCUCCACUCAUGAACUACAUGAUCUCCUACAGCUGGACAAAAAAUGAGGAUGAAAAGGAAAAGACGUUUACCAAGGAUAGCGACAAAGACCUGAAAGCCAUCAUUAGCCAUGUUUCACCCGAUAGCCUUUAUCUCUUCAGAGUUCAGGCUAUAUGCAGAAAUGACAUGCGCAGCGAUUUUAGCCAAACAAUGUUGUUUCAAGCCAAUACUACUCGAAUAUUCCAAGGGACCCGAAUUGUUAAAACAGGAGUGCCUACAGCCUCUCCUGCUUCUUCCGCCGACAUGGCGCCCAUCAGCUCUGGGUCUUCCACUUGGACUUCAUCGGGCAUCCCCUUCUCAUUCGUUUCGAUGGCUACUGGAAUGGGUCCGUCCUCGAGUGGAAGCCAGGCGACCGUGGCUUCGGUGGUGACCAGCACCCUGCUCGCCGGCCUCGGCUUUAGCGGCGGGGGGAUCUCUUCCUUCCCCAGCACUGUGUGGCCCACCCGCCUCCCGACGGCGGCUUCGGCCAGCAAACAGUCGGCCAGGCCUGUGGUAGCCACGACAGAGGCCUUGUCUUCUCCGGCCCCGGAAAGUGACUCUACCCUGACCAAGGAUGGCGAAGGCGCCGAGGAAGGAGAGAAGAAUGAGAAGAGUGAGAGCGAGGAUGGCGAAAGGGAACACGAGGAGGAGGGGGAAAAGGAUUCGGAAAAGAAGGAAAAAAAUGGAGUGACCCACAGCACGGAGGUCCAGAACAGAACCAAGCCCACCCUCGUGCCAGCGUCUCCUAAUCGAACUGUGGAGGAGGACAGAAACGAAACUAUAGCUGGCCAAGGGCCGGAUCCCAAUGUCCUCCCCACAGACCCAGCAGAUGGGAAAAGGGAAACAGUGACCGAGCCCAGCACGGACCCCGUCACCUCCACCCAAGUGCCCUCCAUGGUCACAGGUGAACAUCAUACGGGCAAGGACCCCAAGAGACCAGAGGUGCCAUCCAAAAAGCCGAGCUCCAGAGGGGACCGAUUUCCUGAUGAUAAAUUCAUCACUGUAAAUCCAGACAAAAACACCUCUAGCAUGGUGACCCGCGCUUCUCCUGGGAGGAUGGACUGGAUCAUCCCCUUGAUCGUAGUGUCUGCUCUGACCUUCGUGUGCCUCAUUCUUCUUAUUGCUGUGCUAGUUUACUGGAGAGGGUGUAACAAAAUAAAGUCCAAGGGCUCUCCCAGACGUUUCCGUGAAGUGCCUUCUUCUGGGGAGAGAGGAGAGAAGGGGAGCAGAAAGUGUUUCCAAACGGCUCAUUUCUAUGUGGAAGAUAGCAGCUCCCCCCGUGUGGUCCCCAAUGAGAGCAUUCCUAUCAUCCCUAUUCCAGAUGACAUGGAAGCCAUUCCUGUCAAGCAGUUUGUUAAACAUAUCAGUGAGCUCUAUUCAAAUAACCAGCAUGGAUUCUCCGAAGACUUUGAGGAAGUACAACGUUGUACCGCUGAUAUGAACAUCACGGCCGAACAUUCCAAUCACCCAGAUAACAAGCACAAAAACAGAUACAUCAACAUUUUAGCAUAUGACCACAGUCGAGUGAAGUUAAGACCUUUACCAGGAAAAGAUUCUAAGCACAGUGACUACAUUAAUGCGAACUAUGUCGAUGGCUACAACAAAGCAAAAGCCUAUGUGGCCACACAAGGACCUCUCAAGUCAACGUUUGAAGAUUUUUGGAGGAUGAUUUGGGAGCAGAACACUGGGAUCAUCAUCAUGAUCACAAACCUUGUGGAAAAAGGAAGAAGAAAAUGUGACCAGUACUGGCCAACAGAGAAUAGUGAGGAAUAUGGCAACAUAAUCGUCACACUGAAGAGCACAAAAGUUCACGCCUGCUACACUGUCCGUCGUUUUUCAGUCAGAAACACUAAAGUGAAAAAGGGUCAAAAGGGAAACCCUAAAGGUCGCCAGAAUGAAAGAAUUGUGAUCCAGUAUCACUACACGCAGUGGCCUGACAUGGGAGUGCCAGAAUAUGCCCUCCCUGUGCUGACGUUUGUGAGAAGAUCGUCGGCAGCCAGGACGCCAGACAUGGGGCCCGUGCUCGUCCACUGCAGCGCCGGCGUGGGCAGGACGGGCACCUACAUUGUCAUAGACAGCAUGCUGCAACAGAUAAAAGACAAAAGCACAGUUAACGUCCUGGGAUUCUUGAAACACAUCAGGACGCAGCGUAACUACCUCGUCCAGACGGAGGAGCAGUACAUUUUCAUUCACGAUGCCUUGUUGGAAGCCAUUCUGGGAAAGGAGACAGAAGUCGCCUCCAAUCAGCUGCAUAGCUACGUCAACAGUAUACUCAUCCCUGGCGUGGGAGGGAAGACACGUCUAGAAAAACAAUUCAAGCUGGUCACACAAUGUAACGCAAAAUACGUUGAGUGUUUUAGCGCACAGAAAGAAUGUAACAAGGAAAAGAACAGAAACUCAUCCGUCGUGCCAGCUGAGCGUGCUAGAGUAGGACUCGCACCCUUGCCUGGAACGAAAGGAACAGACUACAUAAAUGCAUCCUACAUCAUGGGCUAUCAUAGGAGCAACGAGUACAUCAUAACCCAGCACCCUCUGCCACAUACCACGAAAGACUUCUGGCGGAUGAUAUGGGAUCAUAAUGCACAGAUCAUCGUCAUGUUGCCAGACAACCAGAGCUUGGCAGAAGACGAGUUUGUGUAUUGGCCAAGUCGGGAAGAAUCCAUGAACUGUGAGGCCUUUACAGUGACCCUCAUUAGCAAAGACAGAUUGUGCCUCUCUAAUGAAGAGCAAAUCAUCAUCCAUGACUUUAUCCUUGAAGCAACACAGGAUGACUACGUCCUAGAAGUCCGACACUUCCAGUGUCCCAAAUGGCCCAAUCCAGAUGCCCCCAUAAGCAGUACUUUUGAACUUAUCAAUGUCAUCAAAGAAGAGGCCUUAACAAGGGAUGGGCCCACAAUUGUUCAUGAUGAGUAUGGAGCGGUUUCAGCAGGAAUGCUAUGUGCUCUUACCACACUGUCCCAACAAUUGGAGAAUGAAAAUGCUGUGGAUGUUUUCCAGGUAGCCAAGAUGAUCAAUCUUAUGAGGCCUGGAGUCUUCACAGAUAUUGAACAGUACCAGUUUGUCUACAAAGCAAUGCUCAGCCUGGUCAGCACUAAAGAAAAUGGAAAUGGUCCCAUGACAGUGGACAAAAAUGGCGCCGUGCUGAUUGCCGACGAAUCAGACCCUGCCGAGAGCAUGGAGUCUCUAGUGUAAUUGGAAUCCUGAAGAGGCACUUGAUUUGUAGAAUGAAGGAAGACUGAAAGAACUUUUUUGAGGCCUUUUUUGCCAGACUCUAGGUUAUACAAUAACCCAGUUACUUUUUUACACUGAUAAAAAGUUUUGAUAUUUAUUUUUUGCCAUUUUAUGUCUUAAUGGUAUCCUACUGAGCAUUUGCACCUCUGUUUAUUUUACACAGUGAAACACAAUUUUAUCUCGUUUGCACUAUCUGAUCAGUGUUACUGCCUAUAAUAUCUUACUACAAAAGCGACCCCUGGUCUGACAUUCCAUGGCGACAUAUUGCUACUUUUAGUUCCAUGCAGUGAUGGUUUUUGUUAAUGACAGUGAGCCUUGAGUCGUUGAUUUGUGAAUGCUGAAGCAGUCCCAUUCUUUUUUAAUGAACAGCGCUGUACUUGUCCCCAGCCCCCUUCCCUUACUCUUCCAAUCACUUUGGUCAAUAUUGUAUGCCUUUCGUAGUUCAGUAGAGUGGAUGAACACUGUUGUUGUUGUGUUGUUCCGUUUUGUUUUUUUCAGACUUUAGCAGGGGAUUGGUAGCCAUGUAUAUGAACAAAGUGUAACUGCCUCCUGGGCAUUAAGUGAUGCCAUUUGUGGUGGCUCAGAUUUCCACUGGGAUAGCUUGGAGGCACGAUAGCUGCUUUAUAUGUCCUUCACUUACCAUUGGCAAAGUGUGCAAAAUCACAUGGGACAUAGGCAGCAGGUUAUGGACGUCACUUCAGAAUUCACAAUUAUAUCCAAAUAAAGGCUAACAUUGCUUUCUGGUUUUUACGGCAGCCAUGUGGAUCAUAAUGUUUGUUAUAUUCACCGUAAUGAUCUGAAUCAGCAACACGGUAGAAAUCAGGGCUGUCUUUUAAAAAAAAAAUAGAGGUAGCAAUAUUUUACAUAACCGCAUUAUUGAAAACCUUUAAUUCUUUUACAUUAAUGCUUCUUGACCAUGACAUCACCCCCAGUGGGAUGUUGUUGAAUGAAAUGAACAUUUCCUUAAUCUCACUUGUUGCCAUUUUUCAGGUGUGUAAUUUUGAAACGAGUGCUCAAAAGUAAAGUACUGAUCCAUAUUCAUGGUGAAGCAAUCUAAUAAAAACUACCUACCAA